CUCUUCCUCAAAAGCCUACAGGUGAGAUUUUCAGAUCUGCCUCCAGACCUAUAUCCAGCGAUUGAAUUUUUUCAGUCAUACCUAGGCAAGGAACAUGAUGGAAUGCAAGUGAGAGCUAAGCCCCUAGACGCUUUCCUAUAGGCUCCAGUAUGCCCUAUGUGUACGCACCCACAUUCUCGGAGUCAUUCCUUUUCUUGUGUCUAGAAGGGUCACCUGCUUCAUUGUCAGUGCAGAGCCAUGUCCAUUCUAUGUUCUGUGCUCGAAGGUCCCUGGUGGUGCUUUGAGAUCAGUGGAGGGCCCCCGUCUUGAGACAGGAACCCUGUUUGCUAAAGAGCAGAAAAUACAAGGAGAUUUGGAAGAAAGCAGGGGUCUAGAAGAAUCAGAAUAUUCUUUCCAAGCAGUUAUGGAAGAGCUUAAAGAAAAUCAAAAAGCUCUAAAACUUACUUCCCAGAAAGCCCAGAAGCAGCAGCAUGAAAAGAUGCAGAAAGCCAUCAGGGGCACUUCAACAUCGUCCAGCAGUUCAGACAAUGAAACAGAGAGCAGGGAUGCUGAGAGUCCUGCAGGCUCUUCGGAUACAGGAGGAACCAGCAGUUUGUCCUCAGAGGAGUCCAGCGGUACAGAGGGGCUCCGUGACAAGCAGCUCAGAGGAAUCCAUCUUGAGCUUGAGAGGCUGAGGUGGCAUUUUGUGCUGACUAAACUGAAAUGUGAACUGGAGGAUAAGGAAAAACAAAGGCUCCAUGAAGAGCAAAUGGAGCAGAUUCGUCAGCAGGCAGGAAAAGGAUCGGUCAAUGAAGGACUCCAAAACCUCCUCCAGCCCUCGAACAAAUAUGCCUUCUUCCUUUACUGCUUCAUCGUCUUUUGUGUUAUCCAUACUUUAAAGGAGUUGGCCUUCUAUGUUUUGGAAACCCAUUACCUCUUCUGUUUUGCUAUAGUGCUCUUCUACCUUCUUAAGAUGACUUUCCAAGAUUACAGAAAUAACAAUAAACGUCCUUAAGAAAAGCUGCAUCUUCUACUCUUUUUUGCCCCAUUUUUGCUGCUUUUUUAUUAUCACUACACCAGUCAUACAUGCAGGGUUUCAGCUAUCAUUAUAUGCCUAAUUAAGAAAAACAAACUGAUUUCCUGAAGAAAAUUGUGACUGAAUGGCAUCGUUCGGUUUCAUGCUGUCUCACCAACAUGCUUAGCAUCGUUCAGGGGCAUUCAUCUAUGCAAAUAAAGCUACGCACAAGAAGAAAUCA